AUGCAUGCUACUAUGUCUUCGAUGACUUGCCGCUACGCAGGCCGCACUCUGCUCGGUGCGCGGGCCCUCUCGCAGCGCGGUGCCGCUCGUAUGCCGCAGGGUGUGAGCACUUCGCUGAAGGCUCUUUCGACAGCUUCUCGCCCCGUCUCUGCCAUGCAGUCGUUUCUCUCGCAGCCUCGCCAGAUGGGCUCGUUGCGUUUUCAGUCGACCAUGAAGGCCAUGACCUACCGUGGCCCUGGUCAGGUAUCAAUGGAGGAGCGCCCGAAGGCCUGUAUUAUCGACCCGACUGACGCCGUGAUUCGCAUGACGAAGACGACGAUUUGCGGUACGGACCUGGGUAUCUGGAAGGGCAAGAACCCUGAGAUUGAGGAGACUGAGCGUGCGAAGACGGGCCGGUGGAACGGCCGUAUUCUUGGUCACGAGGGUAUCGGUAUUGUCGAGGAAGUGGGCCCGGCUGUGCGUCACUUCAAGAAGGGCGAUAAGGUGAUCAUCUCGUGUGUGAGCCGCUGUGGCUCUUGUGAAAACUGCCAGAAGCAGCUGUACUCGCACUGCAUGAACGGUGGUGGCUGGAUCAUGGGCUACAUGAUCGAUGGCACGCACGCCGAGUACGUUCGUACGCCGUUUGCGGACAACUCGCUGUAUGCGAUGCCGGAGAACCUGAACACGGAUGUAGCUGUGUUCCUGUCGGAUGUGCUGCCUACGGGCCACGAGAUGGGUGUGCAGUACGGUGAUGUGAAGCCGGGUGACACUGUGGCUGUAGUGGGUGCUGGUCCUGUCGGUAUGGGCUCGCUCCUUACGGCGCAGUUCUACUCGCCGUCGAUGUUGAUCUGCAUUGACAUGGACGACAACCGUCUGCAGUUCUCGAAAGAGCUGGGUGCGACGCACGUCAUCAACUCUGGUAAGGAGGACGUCGUGAAGAAGGUGAUGGAGAUCACCAACGGCCGCGGUGUAGACUGUGCGAUUGAGGCUGUGGGUGUGCCGCAGACCUGGGAUGUGUGCCAGCAGAUUGUUACAGCGGGUGGUCACCUGGCCAACGUCGGUGUGCACGGCCAGAAGGUCGACUUUGAGCUGCAGAAGCUGUGGAUUCAGAACUUGACGAUCACGACUGGUCUUGUGAACGCCAACACUACGUCCAUGCUGCUCAAGGCGUGCGAGACUGGCAAACUCCCCAUGGAGCGCCUUGCUACACACCACUUCAAGUUUAGCGAGUUUGAGAAGGCCUACGAUGUGUUCAAGCACGCUGCUGAAACCAAGGCGAUGAAGGUCAUUAUUGAGUACUAA